CGAACGAAAUGAAAGUCUGAUUAGGAAGUGAGAGAGAGAGAGCGAGAGAGAGCUAAGGAGAAAAAACAACGGCUCCAAAAGGGAAAGGAGGGAAAGUGAGAGAGAGAGAGAAGUGUUCACAGGCUACAAGAGCAGAGACUGAGGCAGCUGGCGAUAGGAGCUGGUCAGGCCGAGGAGCUGCUCCAAGGGCUCUCUAAGACCCAGGAUUUGGCAGCAGAUACCUUGGAAAUGGGGUUCCUGGCUAGGUUCCCCUGCGCUUGGUGCUGCCAUUGAUUCACUGGAAACAUUUUUUGGAGCGCCUUUUCAUAUGAAACAGGACAUGGGAUGUAAACGAUUGGACUCUCACCAGCAGCCUGCAAAACAACCCACAUAUAAAUGCUUGUAGCAAUUCCACCCUCUUUAAAUAUAGACACAUGAAUAUCAUGUGGGGGCGACCAUAUUUCAAGUCAAAAAUUAGAUUCUAAAUGACGUUUUCAGUCUACCCUUGGUACUACAAGGUUUCCUCGGAAAAAAGCUCAUUAGCAUUACCCAAUGGAGGGAAUCAGGGGAGAGUCAGCGUUGAGAAUAGACUCCAAAGAAACUGCACGGUUUUAAAGAUUUAGAAUAGAAAGCCUUGACUCUUUUUUUUCCCGCAGACCUAUUUUUGUGAGGGUAGAUACACACUCGUAUGCAGUGCUAGGAGUAAAUCUCCUGUGCAGUGGAUUAAAGAGAAGGGGAACAUAAGAAAGGGGAUUAGGACUAAGCCUAGAAGUUGACGAUGAGGCGGUGGAGGUCCACUGUAAGGUCACCGACGCCCCUGGCUCUCCUGGGGCUUCUCCUCUGGAUGGCCACGGCGACAGUGGCCCUGGAGUUCGAGGGGGUGCCCGGCCAGUGGGCGCGCUACCGGAAGUGGGAGGCGGGCGCGUCGGGCGAGCUGAGCUUCACGCUGAAGACGAACGUCACCAAGGCGGUGGUGCUCUACCUGGACGACGGCGGCAACUGCGACUUCCUGGAGCUGCUGAUCGCCGACGGGCGGCUGUACCUGCGCUUCGCCAUGCACUGUGGCGAGCCGGCCUCCCUGCACACAGAGACGAGUGUGAGUGACGAGCGCUGGCACCGCGUGCUGCUGACGCGCAACUACCGCCAGACUACCCUGGUGGUGGACGCCGAGGCCAAGGCGGCCGAAGCCAAGUCCAAGCGCAGCGAGAUGGUGGUGGCCAGCGACCUCUUCGUCGGUGGGAUCCCGCCGGACGUUCGACUGUCGGCCCUCACGUCCAGCACCGUCAAGUACGAGCCCCCUUUCCUCGGCCUGAUCGCCAACCUGAAACUGGGGGAGACCACGCCCGUUCUUCUGGAUAGCCAGAGUGUCAUGAACGACCUGGAGUACCUGUGCACCAAGCAGAAUCCCUGCAGUAACGGGGGCUACUGCUCCAUCCAGGAGGGAGAAGUGCUCUGCGACUGCACCAACACUGGAUACAAGGGCAGAUACUGCACCGAUGCCCUCCAGCGGGUGUUAGAAGGUCUGGCGCACCUGAAGUUACAGAGCCGAGCACCCGGAUCCGCAGCCUUGAUCUCUGCAGCCUCUGCCGAAGGUGAUGGACAUGCAGCUCAAGAGGAAUCAGUGGCGACCUUCAAAGGGAAUGAGUUCUUCAGCUACGACCUCUCACACACCCCCAUCCAGAGCAGCAUGGACGAGAUCACAUUGGCCUUCCGCACUCUGCAGAGAAAUGGCCUCCUGCUCCACACCGGCAAAUCGGUCGACUACGUUAAUCUGUCUCUGAAGAGCGGCGCUGUCUACCUGGUGAUAAACCUCGGCUCGGGCGCCUUCGAGGCCAUGGUGUCGCCCGCCGAGGGCAAGUUCAAUGACAACGCCUGGCACGAGGUCCGCGUCUCACGCAACCUGCGGCAGGUCACCAUAUCAGUGGACGGGCUCCUGACCACCACUGGCUACACGCAGGAGGACUACACCAUGCUGGGCUCUGAUGACGUCUUCUAUAUUGGUGGCAGCCCCAACACUGCCGAUCUCCCCGGCUCUCCCAUCAGCAACAACUUCAUGGGCUGCCUGAAAAACGUGGUGUACAGAAACAGCGAGCUGAGGCUGGAGCUCUCUCACCUGGCGGAGAGGCGUGUCCCUGGGGUCACUCUGCACGGCGACCUCUCCUUCCGCUGCGAGGACGUGGCCGCGCUGGACCCGGUCAGCUUCGACACGCCCGAGGCCUACGUCACGCUGCCCAAGUGGGCCACCAAGAAGACAGGCGCCAUCUCCUUCGACUUCCGCACCACCGAGCCCAACGGGCUGCUGCUCUUCAGCCACGGCCGGCCGCAGCUGCCGCGUGAGGCCAAAGGGCUGGACCGGAGCCUGCCCCGCGCCGACUUCUUCGCCAUGGAGCUCCUGGACGGCUUCCUCUACCUCCUCCUGGACAUGGGCUCGGGCUCGGUCAAAGUGAAGGCCAGCGCCAGGAGGAUCAACACGGGCGAGUGGUGCCACGUGGACUUCUACCGGGAGGGGCGGCGAGGCUCUAUCUCUGUAAACAGCCACAGCGCUCCGUUCUCGGCCAACGAGGGCAGUGAGGUGCUGGACCUGGACGGCAGCGUGUACCUGGGGGGCCUGCCGGGGGAGUGGGGGGGCCUGCCGCUGCCGCCGGACGUCUGGAGCGCGCCGUUGCGCCUGGGCUUCGUGGGCUGCGUGCGCGACCUCUUCGUGGACGGCCACAGCCGCGACCUGCGGCGGCUGGCUGAGCUGCAGAGCGCCCCGGGGGUCAGCAGCUUCUGCACGCGCGAGACACACCGCCGCUGCGCCGGAGAGCCCUGCGCACACGGUGGACGCUGCACCGAGGGGUGGAACCGCCACAUCUGUGACUGCACAGGCACCGGCUACCUGGGGGCCAACUGUGAGACGGAGGCGGUGGUGCUGAGCUAUGACGGCAGCAUGUUCCUGAAGGUGGCCAUGGCGACGGCGAUGCACACGGAGGCGGAGGACGUGGCGCUGCGCUUCAUGUCCCAGAGGGCCUUCGGCCUGCUGCUGGCCACCACCUCCCGCGAGUCCGCCGACACACUCCGCCUGGAGCUGGAGAGAGGACGCCUCAAGCUCACCGUCAACCUCGAUUGUAUCGGGAUAGACUGUAACCUUAGUAAAGGGCCUGAGACACUGCUGGCCGGCCGCAAGCUGAAUGAUAAUGAGUGGCACUCCGUGAAAGUGGUGCGGCGGGGGAAGAGCCUCCAACUCUCUGUGGACAAUGAGACCGUGGAUGGCCAGAUGACGGGCGCCCACACGCGGCUGGAGUUCCACAACAUCGAGACGGGCAUCAUGACGGAGCGGCGCUUCAUCUCCGUGCUGCCCUCCAACUUCAUCGGCCACCUGCAGGGCCUCUCCUUCAACGGCGUGCCCUACCUGGAUCAGUGCAAGAACGGCGACAUCUCCUACUGCGAGCUCAACGCGCACUUCGGCAUGCAGCACAUCGUGGCCAACCCCAUGACCUUCCGGAGCCGCAGCAGCUAUGUGGCGCUGUCCACUUUGCAGGCCUACGCCUCCAUGCACCUCUUCUUCCAGUUCAAGACCAGCAGCCCCGACGGCCUGCUGCUCUUCAACUCGGGCGACGGCAGCGACUUUAUCGUGGUUGAGCUCGUCAAAGGGUUCAUCCACUAUGUCUUUGACUUGGGCAACGGUCCAUCACUGAUGAAGGGGUACUCGGAGAAGCCUCUGAAUGACAACCAGUGGCACAGCGUUGUGAUCUCCCGGGACGACAGCAAUGUCCACACGCUCAAGAUUGACACGCGCACUGUCACUCAACAUUCCAAUGGUGCCCGCAAUCUUGAUCUCAAAGGAGAACUGUAUAUUGGUGGUGUCGCAAAAUCCAUGUACGGUGUUCUACCCAAACUGAUUGCCUCACGGGAUGGCUACCAGGGCUGCCUGGCCUCUGUAGAUCUGAACGGGAGACUGCCUGACCUGAUUGCAGACGCCCUGCACAGAGUCGGCCAAGUGGACCGUGGAUGUGAUGCUGGCCCAGGCACCACGUGCACAGAGGAGUCCUGUUCUAACCAGGGCGUGUGUCUGCAGCAGUGGGAGGGCUUCUCCUGUGACUGCACCAUGACCACCUUCGGAGGAGCCUACUGCAGCGAUCCUGGGACCACAUACAUCUUUGGAAAAGGAGGGGCUCUCAUCACGUACACCUGGGCCCCCAACGAGCGGCCGAGCACGAGAGCGGACCGGCUAGCCGUGGGCUUCAGCACACAGCAGAGAGACGCCAUCCUGGUGCAGGUGGAGAGCACCCAAGGCCUCGGAGACUACCUCCAGCUGCACAUAGAAGAGGGAAAAAUAGGAGUCAUAUUCAAUGUCGGGACUGAUGACAUCACCAUCAAUGAACCUGCCAUCGCAGUGGCCGACGGAAAGUACCAUGUGGUGCGUUUCACACGCAGUGGUGGCAAUGCCACUCUCCAAGUGGACAACCAACCGGUCAUUGAACGCUACCCUGCAGGGAACUAUGAUAAUGAACGGCUGGCAAUUGCUAGACAAAGAAUCCCAUACAGGCUUGGUCGGGUAGUUGACGAGUGGCUACUCGACAAAGGGCGACAGCUGACCAUCUUUAACAGCCAGGCGGCCAUUAAGAUCGGUGGCCAGGACAAAAGCCGUCCUUUCCAGGGCCAGAUCUCCGGCCUCUACUACAACGGGCUGCAGGUGCUGAAGCUGGCGGCCGAGGGCGACACCAACGUCCAGGUGGAGGGCAACCUCCGCCUCGUCGGCGACGCGCCGUCCAUCCUGUCAACGGAGACCACCUCGGCCACGCCGCCGGCCGCCGCCGACAUGUCCACCACCAUCAUGGAGACAACCACCACCAUGGCGACCACCACGACCCGCAGACAGCGCUCCCCGAGUCUGAAAGACAGCAUCACACAGAGCUCCGAUGACCUGCUUGUGGCGUCGGCCGAGUGCCCCAGUGACGACGAGGACCUGGAGGAAUGCGAGCCAGGCACAGGAGGUGACUUAGUGAUUCCCAUGCUGACUGUGGAUUCCCAAGACGCUCAGUCUGGCAUCACAUAUUACCCAGCCAUCCCCUCGCCCCCCACUUCCCUGACCCCCCUCCAGACCACCAAAGAGUCCCAGGGCCUCCCCGCCCCCCGCCCCCCCUGCCCUCCCGACCAGGAGGACUGCGGCGAGCCCGUGGAGGUCUCGGCCUUCGGCUCGGGCGAGAUGACCGAGUCCGACGACGAGGACUUUUACAAAAACACCCCCAUGGUCACCGAUAGGACAGUCCUGCCCCCUCCCCCGGCCGCCGCCGCAGGAAGCGAGGGUGGGGUCCAGCCCGGGGCCGUCCCUCCGGGAGGCGCUGCCGCCGCCGCCGGCGCGGGCCCCACCAGCAACCCCGAGCAGCUGCACAUCCCCGCAGGCAAGAUGAACACCCUGAACACCCGCGACCAGAUGCUGCUGCCGCCGGCACCACCGGCCUCGCGCCACCCGCCGCCCGCGGGCCUCACUCACUCACCCCCUGAUUUCCCCCGUGUGUCCACAGCUCAGCCCGCCACGCCGCGAGAGAAGAACCCGCCCGGCGUGGCCGAGGUCAUCCGCGAGUCCAGCAGCACCACGGGCAUGGUGGUGGGUAUCGUGGCGGCCGCCGCCCUCUGCAUCCUCAUCCUGCUCUACGCCAUGUACAAGUACCGCAACCGCGACGAGGGCUCCUACCAGGUGGACCAGGGACGCAACUUCAUCAGCAACCCCGGCGCCGACAGCAACGGCUCUGUGGUGAAGGAGAAGACGGCCGGCACCACGGCGACCGUCGCCAAGACGAGCACUAAGAGCAAAAAGAACAAAGAUAAGGAAUAUUAUGUCUGAGAAUGAGUGAUAGAGAAGUAUAAAGAGAGGGAGAGAGAGGGAGAGAGAGGAGGGUUGGAGAGGAGGAGAUAGUGGUCAGGGGAAUUUUACCACAUUCAUUCCCACACUUUAUGCAGAAUAAUAAACAGAAUCAUGAAGGUUUUUUUAUACAUUUGGCGACAUCAGUGUGGUCCUGUUGUCAUUAUGAAGACUUACAUAAUGACACGAGGAAAACCAGCUCCAUUUCAACAUCACAUGGUUAUCAGCUAUUUUUUAUAUUACGAAACAGUAGAAGGUUAGAGACCACAUAACAGUGCUCCUAACUUUCCUGGUCAUGACACAGGACUUAAGCACAGCUAAACUCUGCUUAACAUUUUCUGUUCAACAUUCAAGGUACAUUUGUGAACAGUUAUGUAAGUAAAAACAGUGCUGUGACAAUGAAGGCACUGCUUUAUCUGACCUACAUCAGUAUAUCCCCUGGUCAGUCAAAAGAAGCAAUGGUCCAUCUUUAUUUCUGUUUAUUUUUCUCUAGCUACUGAGCCACAAGAGAGUGAUUGUGAAUUGGGGAGGCUUUGCACAAGCAGAGUCUUCUCUGUUGAGAACCAGGGUUGCGCUCAGGUUUGAGGGACAUAUUCUGCACCAGCAAGAAGCUGCUACCCCCCCCCCCCCCCCAACCCCACCCACCCAAAUUGUGGGGAACAGCUGUCUUACUGCUGAUCGCUGUGACUGGCUCUACAUAGAUGUUUGAUCUCAACUAAAGGGAGACUGUGAACUCUGCCCUUUGAACUUUUAAAAGGGAAAGCGUAAGUAGUACAUUAAAGGACAAAGACAGACAUGCAAAUGGCCAAUAAGACCACUGUUAUAUUCUAUUAGCCUAAAAGGGAAUUUUAUUGAAGCAGUAAUGUCCCAGUGGUCUGAAAUCUGUUAUUAAAUUAGUGUUUGAUCUUUUCAGACUAGUGUUGUAAUGAACAAAAUAAAAGACAUCAGUUUUGAAACUGGGAGUCUAUGGUGCAAGGAACUGAUGUUAUACCAUAUCUGGUUGAAGUUUUGACAUGAAACACAGGCUUAUUUUUGUUAAAAGCAGAGGUCCAUUAUUCCAGUCUCGAGAUUAAAAGAAGCGGCCUGCUCUGACGUGGCCUGGGACUCUCCAGCGAGGCCGAUUAACCCUUAAAGGAGUACCGUCACACCGGUGUGACGGGAAUGUUGGGAAAUAACAUUCUAAAGAAUAUCUGGGUUCAUUGAAUUCAACAUGGAAUUUUAGAACCUUCAAUUGUUGCGGAACUUAGAAUGUUCAAAAACCUACACCUUUAAGGGUUAACACCAGUUAAUGCACCGCCUUACCACCUUACCAUCUCCUCUAUGCCAACAGGUGGGAGAGAGUGUGCGUGCAGUGUGUCCACUAUUACUGAGAUGUGCUUUCAUUUAUGUGUAGCCUCCAGUGAACAAAAAAUUAUCAAGUCCCGAUUUAAGUCACAAAAAAGGGGUAGGAUACUAUACAACUGGGAGUUAACAGUCCGGAUGCUUUCUUUUUUUUGUCUAUUUGAAGGAAUUAGGUUUGUUAUUGACUCCAGCAGGAGAUAGGCAGGGAAGGAGAAAGAAAAAAGCCCAAAAGUUAAAAGACACUGUAUUUAUGUACAUAAGACAAAAUCUUUUGACAUUGUCAAAAAUGUGUGUGUAAGUGUGCCAGAAAAAGUGAGCGAGCUCAUGUGUGCAUAUGUAUGAGUUUCUGUGCGUGUAAUCGUUUCCUCCUCCAUGAGACAGACUCAGACAAUGACAAACACUCGGAAGACUUUUCUUGGCUUCCUCAUUCGCCACAAUAAGCACUUCUGCCAGAUCCCCAGUGACACGUAACUGCAGACAUUGAAUAUGAAAGGGAUCUUUUUGGAUGGUGAAAGUGAAUCUGGAAGAACUUUCUGGCAUCGCUGCAGUGGAAAGGAAAAAGGGACGUGGCCAACGUUGUGCUCAGACGCCUCAUUUCCUCUCCUCAAAGUCAACAUGAAGUACAGUGAAGGAACGAAGAGUUGAAAAAAAUAAAUCUGUCUCAUGAAAAGUGUUUUCCAAUCAGAAUAAUGUGAAUUGUGUUUAAUUUUUUAUUAUUAAAAUGAAAUCCUCUCUGAAAAAAAAAAACUAAACAAUUUAUGUAUCGUCUAGAUAUUUCUCACUUUGGUUUGGAGGCAAUCUUUUCCUGUGCUCACUCUCCUGAUCAGCCUUUUUGUUUUUGUUUUAAUUGACCCUGUAUGUAUGACAGACAUGUUUUACACUGUAAUAUGGUAAUUUUGCCACAUAAAAUAAAUACUGAAUCAAAUAA